GUCGGCACGUGACACUAACCAUCGGCCAAAUCUUUCAUUUCAUCUCAAUAGAUAUCUACAGUGUCGUAUCUGGCUCGGCGCGCAGUACGUGAUCCAAUAUCACUGUCGCAGCUGCGAACGUGAAUGCGUGUAGAACCUACUAGCCAGAUUAGCCAAGCACCUGCCACCGGGUCUGAUGCAGCCCUCUGAUUCGCAGCGCAAUGGAGCUCUACACCAUACUUUUGCUCCUGCUUCAUCUGCCCCUGAAGCCCGAUAGCUAACACAGACCCGUAGGCCCGCAACGAUGGUACAGAACGCGCUCCUCCCGAAGCCUCUCCCCGCAGACUCCCUUGUCGUUGGCCAACUGGUCACAGAGCCACUACACCCAGAACGCGAAUCAUUCUACCCCGAUAAGGCACAUGCAGAGGUGGACGAUCUGAAUGACUUCCAUAUCCAGCUCCGUUACAAAGACCUCUACUCGGUCGAUGCCGAAGGCCGAUUCACAACCAACUAUGGCGCGAGGUUCGAUCUGGGAAAGAUAUACAGACAGCCUAAUCUGCUUACUGUCAAGGCCGAGCAGAUGAUACAGCGGACCACGCAGUCAUCAUCAAGGGCCUUCCAAGCUGUGUGCAGCGACCCCGAAGCACGCAUCUGGAUGGCCGAGCAGAUCAGGGCGGGCAAGCCCCUCUACAUCGUCCUUGGCCUGACCGAGCUCAAGAACGCAACCUUCAAGCGUGCCAAACUGCGUGACGCAGGUGCCUCGAACCGUAUCAAUGAAACGCCCAUCGAAAGGGACGCCAAAGUUCCUGGGUCCUUACGUGGCAGGUCCGAAGGCAGUUUGGGUGACAUCGGCACCGAGCCAUCUAUAUCAGGCGUGUUUGGCAUGGAUGUGCGACACGUUGCAGCAAGGAUCACAACGCCCGUGGAGCCACACAGGCUGGAAGACAUUGGAUACAGGUGGUACUACUAUGACGUACCGGGCUCUCAGGACAAGGAACAGCUGAUGGUGGGGCUGGGCGAGCAGUUGAAGGCGAACGAACUUCGUUUGAUGCUCGACCUCACAGAGGACGACGUUCAGGGCAAUCUUGACGCCAUCAGCAAGCUCAGUCUCGAUGCGUUGAGCGCUACAGCGAGCCCAAUGCUUAAGCCUAGUACGCCGAUGCUGAGAGGACGCUCGCCUUCUCCUCAUCCUACCAUGCUCCGCUCUUAGUAUCGCAUCCUCUCUGACGGUUAUAUGUUCCAAGUUACGAAUAACGGUCGACAUGUUUCGAAGCAUCGAUUUCAGUCAUGGAUACGUAUGAUAGACUAAUCUUGAGCGUUUUGGGCAUACGUGUAUGAUUCUUACGGCCUGGCAUCUCUCUACUCUUUUCCUUACAUAGUUAUACAUUCACUUUCCUCCUUUGUCCUCAUCUCAUCUGUAACUCUCAUGUCACCUCAACGA